AUGGCAAAUAAGCAGCCGUUGAAGACGUCGUUCGACGUUGAUCACGUCAUUCGUCCUAUUUUCACCGGGGGAUCAGUAGCUAUCGACAAUGGCGCACGAAUUCUAGCGACAGUCCUUGGUGAGGAUGCGGUUCUAACAGAUCCUACUAACGGCAAGCAUCUUGCUCAAAUUGAGGGUGAUGGAGAGCUCAUUUCCACAUUGACUUUGACACCCUCCGGGUCGCAUCUCAUCAUCUGCUCUCGCUCCUUGUCUUUGAGAAUCUACGCUUUGAAGCAGUCUGAAGAAGAUGGAACAAUUGAAGCUAUUCACACAAGGACAGUCAAGGCUCACUCUACUCCAGUUGUUGUGCUUGCAGUCGAUCGGACCAGCACAUUGCUGGCCACUGGAGGAACUGACGGUGCCGUCAAAGUUUGGGAUAUUGUCGGCGGCUAUGUCACUCACACUUUCCGCGGAUCUUCUGUUCUAGUAUCGGCCCUUCGAUUCUUUGAGGCUACCGCUCGCUCCAACGAUGCACCAUUACGAAAGGGAAAGAAGUCCAAGCGGCAAGAAGAGUCUGAUGACGAAGAAGAGAACUCAACCACCGUCAACUUUCGCUUAGCAUGCGGUCAACAAGAUGGCAAGGUCCGCGUCUGGGAUCUGCACAAGCGCAACUGUGUUGCGAAUUUGGAUUCUCACGUAUCAGAUGUGCAAGGACUUGACUAUUCGCCCGAACAACACGCGCUAGUGACCGCAGGCAGGGACAAGACCAUUACCUGGUGGGACGCCAAAUCUUGGAAGAUUCGCAAAGUCGUACCUUGCCUGGAGUUGGUGGAGGCGGCUGGCUUUAUCGGUGAUGGAAGCCUGACCUAUUCAGCAGGUGCCAAUGGCACUCUUCGUAUUUGGGACACCGAUACGGGCAAGGAAAUCACACCUCACCAGCCUGAAAAGAGUGAGGAAGAGGGUAUUGUCUCUGGUAUUUACCGACCUGGAUUGCCUUUCAUUCUCCUCGUUCAGGUAGAUCACACUCUGGCACUUUACAAACCACCUCAAAAGGCAGACGCUGCUUCCUUAUUAGCACCCGAACCCUUCCGAAGAAUAUCUGGCACACACGACGACAUUAUUGAUCUCGGGUACCUGCUUCCCGACCGCUCCAUGGUGGCCUUGGCAACAAACUCAGAGGACGUCAGAAUCGUGUCUGUUUCGGAGGCACAGAACGAGGAUGUUGAAGGUGACUGGGAAUCGGGCUCUAGCCCCUACUUUGGCCAAGAUGUUGCUCUCUUGAAGGGUCAUGACGAGAUUGUCAUCUCACUGGAUAUUGACUGGUCGGGCCACUGGAUCGCGACAGGAGCCAAGGAUAAUACCGCCAGACUCUGGCGCGUUGACCCUGCAAACAACUCUUACACUUGCUGGGCUGUUUUCUCUGGCCAUGCCGAAUCUUUGGGUGCAGUUGCGCUGCCUAAAAGCAUACCUGCCGAGUCUUCAGCAGCUCGCUCUGAUCCCCUUAGUCACCCCCCUCCUUUCCUCAUCACAGGAUCUCAGGAUCAGACCGUGAAGAAAUGGGAAAUCCCCCGUACACCCCAGCAGAAAGGUCACAAGAGUGGUUCUCGAGCACUCUACACCCGAAAGGCCCACGACAAGGACAUCAACGCCAUCAAUGUUCACCACUCAGGCCAGCUCUUCGCAUCUGCAUCACAAGACAAAACAGUCAAAAUUUGGUCGGCCGAGGAGGGUGAGGUCCAAGGGAUUCUGCGUGGCCACAAGCGUGGUGUUUGGACGGUGCAGUUCUCUCCUGCCCAAUUACCUGCCAUUCAAGGCGAAGAUGGCCCUGUUACUGGAAAAGGUGUUGUCCUUACCGGCAGUGGUGACAAGACGAUCAAGCUUUGGAACCUUGCCAGUUAUACAUGUGUGCGGACUUUUGAGGGCCAUUCCAACAGUGUCUUGAAGGUCGCAUGGUUAAAAAUGCCUAGCAACCAAGAGCAGUCCAAAAAGCGAGUUCAGUUCACUAGCGCUGGCGGUGAUGGUCUCGUGAAAGUUUGGGAUGCUAACUCGGGAGAGGCCGAGUGCACGCUUGACAACCAUGAGGAUCGCGUUUGGGCCGUGGGUGUGCACCCUGAAAACAACACCAUCAUAUCUGGUAGUGGUGAUUCAACUGUCACUUUCUGGAAAGAUACGUCCUCUGAGACUCAAGCUGCUGCGACUGAAGCUGCGCUCAAGAUGAUUGAGCAAGAGCAGGAGCUCGAGAACCACAUUCAUGCUGGUUCGUUCCGCGAGGCCAUUACGCUCGCACUGCAGCUCAACCACCCUGGAAGACUCCUUAGCUUAUUCACUUCGGUCAUCACAUCAAACAACCCCGACAAGGGCAGCUUGAGCGGCAAGAGAGCUGUGGAUGAGGUACUGGGCAGCCUAUCUGAUGAGCAGAUCUUUUUGCUUCUUUUGAGACUGCGUGACUGGAACACCAACGCGCGCACAGCCCCUAUAGCGCAGAGGAUUCUGUGGACACUAAUUCGAAGCUAUCCUGCAUCCAAAUUCUCGAACUUGUCAGUCAGGGGAGCUAAGGGGCAGAAGAGCUUGAAAGACGUGCUGCACGCUAUCCGCGUGUACACUGAGAGGCACUACAAGCGGACUGAGGAACUGGUCGACGAGAGUUAUCUGGUGGAAUAUACCCUGCAGGAGAUGGAUGACCUCGCGCCUAUGUUGGAGGAGGAAGAUACCAUGAUUAAAAAUGCGAGUGAAGAUGUUGUCAUGGCUGGCUAG